GUAAUAGUAGGCAAACGGCAGUGUUGUGACGAGCAACCGCUCGUGUGAGACCGCCCGCUUUCGAUCGCGCUGCACGACGCGACCGUAGGGGAGAACUACACCCUCGUGGUUGGCCAAGACUCACCCCGUCGCCGGGUGACAGUGUCAGUACGGCGCCGAUGGUUGUUGCUGAUGCACGGUGGCUUACCGAGCGAUCGCACACUCGCGAUUGUUUACGAUCUCGAUCUCGCGCGGGAUGUUCGGGACUUUGAGUCCCCUGAAACCUUUGAUCUCGGCCAACGUAGAUCCGUAGAUCUUGCGAUCCGGCGUUCGCGAAUCUCGCGCGAUUACGAGAAGAUCAGCAGGAAGGAAACAUUGCGUCGCUCUCUCGUUCUGCGGGAGGGCUGCGCGUUCGUCAAGCGUCCCGUUUGGUGUCGGGAAGGUGCAAGGGACGCUUUUCUUCCGGGCGAUACAUGAGACUACGAAUGUUGACGGAUGGUGCUGGUGAAAAAUCCAUCUCCGACGCGCGGCCAGAGCCCAUCACGAGAAAAUGGGAGGAACGACAGGAGAAGGAAAGCCCGGGGUUCACGAGGAAAUAGCCCCGCCGAGCGGAAUGGUUCUCGAGGAAAUAGCCCAAGCAAAAGCGGCAGUUUCGACGCCAAGGGAAAGGGAAAAAGUGCGUUACUGCAGUCACGAGGCAACGAGGUUGGUAGCAUCGAAAAAUUGAUAGACGGCGAUAGACGGGUAAUCGCGACUAAGCAUCUGCUUCCAGAGAACAACAUAAAUGUCGUAGUCAGGGUUCGUCCGCUCAGUAACAAGGAAAUUAAAUCCGGCGACGAAAUGGUCGUGCAGUUUCCCGGCGACGGCCAAAUAUACUGCGACGCGGUUUCGAGCAGCGGCGACAAGAAACCGAAGCUAUUCUCCUACAAUGUGGUUUUCGAGCCGGGUGCCACGCAGGAGGACAUCCUGCAAUACUCCGGCAUCAAGAACCUCAUCGAAAUGGCGGUGGAGGGUUUCAGCUGCACCGCGUUUUGCUACGGACAGACCGGAAGUGGCAAGACACACACACUGACCGGACCUCCGAGACUCUUUGAAAAGAUGAAUCCAUACUCGGAGGACCACGGUUUGGUCUUCCGUUCCUUCGUCUACCUAUUUAAGGUCCUGCAAGAACAAGAAAACUGCAAUUUUGUGUUAAAGGCCUCCUUCCUGGAAAUCUACAACGAGAAGGUGAUAGAUCUCUUAAAUCCUGGCACUUCGAGAAAACCGUUGGCAGUUCGAUGGAGUAAAAAGACGCGCGGAUUCUUCGUCGAGAAUCUUUUCACAGUGGAAUGUGAAGAAUUGGACGAUCUACUGGCGGUUCUCGAGGAAGGAAUGAGGAAUAGAUCUAUCGGUACGCACAAUAUGAAUGAAUAUUCCAGCAGGAGCCACUCGAUUUUGACUGUAAAUAUAACGUCGGAGCAAGCGAUGGAGAACGGUGUGUUCAUCUCGAAACAAGGCAAGAUCAAUUUCGUGGACCUUGCCGGAAGCGAAAUGACGAAGAAAACCCAGAGUGAGGGCAAAACCUUGGAAGAAGCAAACAACAUUAACAAGAGUCUCAUGGUGUUAGGGUACUGCAUCUCUUCCUUGAGCGAUGGAAAACGAAAAACAGGCCAUAUCCCUUAUCGGGAUAGCAAAUUGACGAAGCUCUUGGCUGAUAGCCUUGCCGGAAAUGGCGUUACGUUGAUGAUCGCCUGUAUUUCGCCAGCUCGUUCGAACGCCAACGAGACUUUAAACACCCUGAGAUAUGCCGCGAGAGCCAAAAAGAUCUUCACAAAGCCAAUUGUAGUGAUGGAUCCACGCGAAGCUUUGAUUCUCAGCUUAAAGCGAGAAGUCGGAGCUCUUCAGACCGAAAAUGACCACCUGAGAACUGCUCUUAAUCUCAGCGCCGAGGCUCAAAAUGAGAUCCGCAGCGAGUCAAAAACCGAACGGUUGAUAUCCCUGACACCACCACCAGUGGAUCUCGAAAAAUUAGCUGAGAUGGAGAGCUCGGAACUUAGCCAACUGAUACAAGCAUACAUCACCGAAAAUGAGGCGUUACGUCGCGAAAAUGCAGAGCUUUACGCUACGAGGGACCAAGUAAUACGGGAUCAGGAGCUCGUUUGCCGAGAAAACGAAAGACUGCUGAGAAAGCUUGAGGAUGUAAACUCAGUAUGCUGUCGAUCACCCAUAAUACCAGCACGACCUUCGUACUCGGCGGAAUUAUUAAAUGAUAAUAAUGAAGAUGUACCUGGUGCGACGAACGUCUGGACCAAUCCGAACACCGCACCCAGCCCGGUGUAUUCCUUCUCGAGGCAUACAAUCAAUAGCGCAGUGUACAGAUCAGCUGGCAGUAUGCCAGAAAAGAUUCUAAAGGAGCUCGACAAACGUAGGAUCGUCGGUAGUUACAACAAUAUUGCCGAAGCCUACAAAGACAAGAACAACCAUCGUCGCCACAAUUCAUGGGACAAUAGCAAUCGACCUAUGAUCAGCCCGGAACAGAGAAUUUCCCCUAUAGAUGUCAAUAAUGUUCAGCGCAAAACGCCUGUGAGGCGCACUUCGAUAGUCCCUGAGGAGAAUAAACUUCUGUCGACGAGAUCAAAUGAGCCUGCUGUGGAUGAUACCACGACCACGACCACUACCACCACAACUACAACCACAACCAUCACCACCACGACCAGCAACACCGUGAUGCCAGUCGAGCAAAUAUCUAACGGGUCACCCGAUUCAAUUCUAAGUGGACCUUUGGAGGAGGGUGCGAAUUCCGCCCCCGAUACUGCGGAUUCAAUCGCCCCCACCGCACCUUUUCCGCCGAUAUCAUCGGACAAAUCAUCCCUCGAGACACAGGAACCAUCGCAAGAUCGGAAAUCUUCUCAGGGCGGCAGGAAGAAUGCCGGCAAGGAUGACCAGAGAGCGUUUGGCAGCCCGGUCUCUAUUGAUGACGAAAACGGGCAUUUUUAGGACGAGAUAUAAUGAUAUUGAUUGCGUUCAGCAGAAAAAGCUGCUCUGCAACUGUUGUAAACUUCGUGAAUCUGGUUGGUUAUGUGAUCUUGGCUGAAUCUAAGAGCUAUAUACUAAUCAGAUUCACAAAUUUUACAACAUUUACAAAGCAACUUUCUUUAUUGUAUAUGAACGCAGCCAUUGGAUCAUAUUCUAAGCAUAUUUUUAGUUUUAAGUGUGGCAGGUUGAUUAUAAGUCUUAUUUGUGUCAAACAAAGAUUCUGUAGAAUACUAUUUCAACUUGAGCAUGGACGAGCCACAUUUAGCUAAAUGUACAUAAAGAAUAAAGUCCAAUAAGUCGUUACUGACUUAACGACUACUCUAAGCCUGAUUCCACAAUUUAUUUUAACUGGAGUUAAAUUGUUAAAGGCCUAUCCAAAUAUAGUCACAUAUUGCAUAUAUAUAAGGAAAUUAACCAGUUAUGAUCUAUGCAAUAAAAGAAUACCUCUUAUACAUCCCAGACAACAUAAUGUCUAAACUCAGGAUAUAAGACGUCUUUAAGACAUCUUCCAAUCAUUUUUAAGUAAAACGUCUGAUAGACAUCUUUAAGAUGUCUUUUAGUCGUCUUGUGUCCCAAUUUUAGACAUUAUGUUUGAGAUAUUUUACAUUAGAUUAGUCAAUUUUCUUGUGCAUAUGAAUAAUGUGAUUAUACAAGUUUGGCAGGGUAGAUCUUUAAUGAGUUAAACUCCAGUUACAAUAAAUUGUGGAAUUGGGCCUAAGUCAUUGUUGAGUCCUAUAUACGAUUACACCUAAUCUUAAUUGUAACAUAUUUCGAUACACUUGUGAAAUGAAGCCUAAUAAAAUCUUUUUAGUUUAUAUGUCUUCAUCGAAGACAUCGAACGAGGAAAGAGACGUGAGUUGUACAAAAUAAAAUAUAGAUAAAUUAAAGCUCAUGAAAAAUGAAAAUGAGUUGGAAGAAAAUAUGCAUAUGGGUGCGUUUUAAAUCGAUCUCUUCAAAUUUCUUAUUUUUCCAUAAAUCUAUAUUUUAUUAAAUAUUAUUUCUUUAACAUUCCUUAGAUUUAGAUCAUAUCAUUAUAUUUAUGUGUCCCUAAAGACACAAGUCUACAAUAUGGAGAGUAAACUUGACGUAAGUUGGAGAAAUAAAAAUAAUUUAUUUCGCUUACGUCUCUGUAUAUUCUAGCCUCCUUACACUGGAAGUACUUCUUUUAUAAGGUCUUUGAAAUAAUGGAUGUUAAAGAUAAAAUGGCGAGUGUUGUUUGUUGAUCGCAUUGAUUUGCGUUCGAGGAAGGACAUUUUGCGAAAUCCUCGUAUGUUUCACAAGUUUAUAUUUUAUCGAACUUAUUUUUCCUUAAUAUUCCAUUAAUUUUAAAUAUUGGAAUGACUGCGUAUAUUUUUAAUACUGCGAAAAAGUGAGCUUCGCGCGAAAAAACAUCGUCAUAGUUUUCGCAAGUUACCCCAUUCUACAA